CUGAGCUAGCAGGCUAUACCGCCCGUGUCUACAACAUGUUUUCGGUCUUUGAUGAGGUGAAGAGAGGCAUCUACAAAAGAACUGCUGUCAUUCAAGGGUCUGAAAACAACAGCAAGAAUGAAGAUAAAGCAGAAUUACAUAUCGAUGGUCCCUUGGAAAUCAAAGGAAAAGUUAUUGAUGUUGAUCAUGGAAUUAUUUGUGAAAAUGUGCCUAUUAUAACUCCGAAUGGCGAUGUGGUGGUUUCCGGACUAAACUUCAAAGUCCAGGAGGGGAUGAAUCUUUUAAUCACUGGACCCAAUGGCUGUGGAAAGAGUUCGCUCUUCAGAAUUUUAAGUGGUCUGUGGCCUGUGUAUGAAGGAGUUCUCUACAAACCUCCUCCACAGCACAUGUUUUAUAUACCACAAAGGCCCUACAUGUCCAUUGGAACACUACGUGAUCAAGUCAUCUAUCCAGACUCAGUGGAUGACAUGCACGAGAAAGGCUACCAAGAUCAAGAUCUGGAGUGUAUCCUGCAUAUGGUUCAUCUGUACCACAUAGUUCAAAGAGAAGGAGGCUGGGAUGCCAUCAUGGAUUGGAAAGAUGUCUUAUCAGGAGGAGAAAAACAAAGGAUGGGCAUGGCUCGGAUGUUUUACCACAAGCCGAAAUAUGCAUUGCUGGACGAAUGCACAAGUGCUGUAAGCAUUGAUGUUGAAGGAACGAUAUUCCAAGCUGCAAAAGCUGCUGGGAUAUCCCUGCUUUCCAUAACACACAGACCUUCUCUUUGGAAGUACCACACUCACCUGCUGCAGUUUGACGGACAAGGCGGCUGGCGUUUCGAGCAGCUGGACACGGCUAUCCGUUUAUCACUGAGUGAGGAAAAACAGAGACUGGAAUCCCAACUUGCAGGAAUUCCUAAAAUGCAGCAGAGACUGAACGAACUGUGUAAAAUCUUGGGAGAAGACUCAGUGCUUAAAACAAUGGACAAAGAGGAAUAAAUAAUUUAUG